ACCUCGCCGUCGCCUUGCGAUGACGCGGGGUUCCGUAUCAACACUUCCAGCUGCUGCGGCACGAUUUCGGCUCGUGUUCACGUUUAAUCCACAUGUUUAGGUUUAUAAUUAUAUAUUUAUAAACAUAUAAGGACAUUAAUAUAGCGACACGGUGUGGUGCCGAGGAGCGGGGAGUGUGUUUGUGGACCCGGAUGAAGUAGUAUGUGAGCUGACUCGGAUCUGAACAGCUGAGCGAUCUCUUCCCGGUUGUGUUGUGAAGGAUGGCGGGGGUGUUCGAUAUCGACCUGGAGUCAGAGGAUGUGAGCGAUGCAGAGGAUGAAGUGUGUAACUUCACGGUGGAAGAGACCGAGCCCGGCGUGACGGAGGAAGUGGAGCUCACUAGCGCCAGCGUGAACAGGGACAGCGAGCGAGUCGGACCAGACUGCUUCGAACUGCUCACAGUGCUCGGGAAAGGAGCUUACGGCAAGGUUUUCCAGGUGCGGAAAGUUCAGGGAAGUCAGACGGGAAAAAUAUUCGCCAUGAAAGUUCUGAAAAAGGCAAAAAUAGUGUGCAGCGCAAAGGACACGGCACACACACGGGCGGAGCGAGAGAUCCUGGAGACGGUGCGUCACCCCUUCAUCGUGGACCUGUGGUACGCCUUCCAGACUGGCGGCAAACUCUACCUCAUACUGGAGUGCCUGAGUGGCGGAGAGCUGUUCAUGCAGCUGGAGAAGGAGGGGAUCUUCAUGGAGGACACGGCCUGUUUUUAUCUGGCGGAGAUAACGCUAGCGCUCGGGCACCUGCACUCUAACGGGAUCAUCUACCGAGACCUGAAACCUGAGAAUAUCAUGCUCAAUCACGAAGGUCACAUUAAACUCACUGACUUCGGCUUGUGUAAGGAAUCCAUCCACGACGGCAGCGUCACACACACCUUCUGUGGUACCAUCGAGUACAUGGCUCCAGAGAUUUUAAAUCGCUCGGGACACAACAAAGCCGUGGAUUGGUGGAGUCUUGGAGCACUGAUGUUUGACAUGAUGACCGGCUCGCCUCCGUUCUCAGCCGAAAACAGGAAGAAGACCAUUGACAAGAUCCUGAAGUGUAAACUGAACCUUCCUCCGUACCUCACGCCAGACGCCAGAGAACUGAUCAAAAAGUUGUUGAAGAAGAACCCGGCUCAGAGACUCGGUUCUAGUAAAGCUGACUGCGCAGACAUACAGAAGCAGCCUUUCUUCCGCCACAUUAACUGGGAUGACCUGCUAAACAAACGAGUGGAGCCGCCCUACAGGCCAUCACUGCACUCGGAUGAUGAUGUCAGUCAGUUUGACACUCGCUUUACCAAACAGACUCCAGUAGACAGUCCUGAUGACACGACACUGAGUGACAGCGCAGAUCAUGCAUUUGCUGGCUUCACCUAUGUGGCCCCAUCAGUGUUGGAGAGCCUGAAGGAGGGGUUCUCAGUGGAACCGCGGUUACGUCCUGUCCGCAGACACAACAGCAGCCCCCGCACCCCCAUCAGUCCUCUCUCAGAGCCCUUUAAGAUCAGUAUUGAUGGAGAGGAGGAGCCUCAUGCUCAGGCUCCGCCGCUCCCUGUUGAAAAUGGUGCCUCUAAACCAAUCAGAACGCCGGGACACAACAAGAAAAAAGGUCGUCGCGGCGGGAAAUGAAGCUGUCAGUCAAUCAGUCGGAUUUCUGCAGGAUGCUAAAGAGUCUAUUAACAUCCAGAGUCUCCUCCAACGCCCCCUCUGUAUCUCUCUCUAUCUUUCUCUCUCUCUCUCUCUCUCUCUGCCCAAGCCAAAGCAUCAUGACAUAAGGAAAGAAAAAACCCAUCUAAAGCAUGUUGGUAUUGUUGGAAUGUGUUAAUAUUGACUGUGAAUUAAUUCCAUUUAUUUCUGGAAAGCUUUUGGAUCAUGUCACCGCAUGUGGAAGAACUUUUUCUCCCAGAAAAAACGUUCAAGCGGCAAAAAACAAAACAAAACAUCGACACGGGAAUAUUAAAGAGACUUAAUAUAUUAUUAGUUCAUUUAGAUUAAGGUGCAUUAUUUACUAUUUUUGACUAAAUUUUUUGUUUUGGACCUUUUGCUCUAAUUUGGGGAUGUUACUUUUAAAAAUAAAUAAAUGAUCAAAUGAA